CACUUAAUAUUCAGAGCAUGGAACUGUGAUUUUUGACACUGACAGAUUUUAUGUUGUUGUAUCAGUGGAUUCUCCACACCAUGGUUGUGUGUACAAGGUUUCAGCUUAUUAGUGUGAAUGUGUGUCUUGAAAUGUGAAUGGGUAUAUAAACAUGCUGUUUGUAAAUUGAAGUACAGAGAUUUAAAAUGAACUGUUUACAUAAUUCUGACUGUUGGUGCACAGGCCCAUGUUCAUGUUGUACUUAAACCAUCCAAAUAUUUCCAUUAAUACUGUAACUGUUGUAUUUAAAUAAAUGGUAUAUACAUGAUACAGAACAGAGCAUUACAUAUCAAAACAGUUCAAUAACCUACAUAUGAAAGGAAGACAGACUUCAUUAUAAAAAUACAUUGAGAUUCUGUGUUACAAAUGAAGACUCAUACCUGUCAUUUUGCUCCAUAUUACAACUUAUAUACUGCAGUCUGUGAUUAUAAAUAGGUAUGCCAGCUAAUGCUUCAUAAUACAGUAAUGACAUGUUUGUGAAUGUUUACUUAUUAUAACUGUAUAAAUUAGUGGAUCAGUAUAAUCCAUUAUUUUUGUAAUAUUAAACAUUUACUGUAAAAUUUUGCAAAUGCACAUUAUGUUAUGUUAUACUUGAACAUACCGCUCAUUUCCAUGUUCACAAACAGUAUAAUAAUGGAGUAUUACAUGGGUCAUACUUUUUAAAAAUAUAACACACUGCAAGUAAGAGAAAAAAUCUUUCUACGUAAUAACCUGUCAUACAUCAAUGUGUUAGUAGAAUAUCUUUUAAGAUUCCCAGUUGGAGUUGAAAGAUGUUCUUUAGCCAUCAUUCUUUGGCACUAGAAAUGUACAUUCAAUGUUUAAGAAUUUUCUUAUUUAAACAAAAAAUAAUAUAUGCUAUUUUAUGACUUAUAAUUGUUAAAAAUAAUAAGAAACGUGAUAAAUGGGCUCUCUUGAAAAACAUUUUUUGGUUGUUUUAAUUGUUUGUGUUUGAGAAUUUUCAGGCUUAUGUGCAUUUAUUUUAACACUCGGUAAAUAAAAAAUAUCCAUCUGAAAUAUUUCAGUGUAAGUUUGUCAAAAAUCCAUAAUAUAUACCUAUGAGUAGGACUAAAUCAUAUUAAACAAACUGUUUAUAUUUUUAUAUAAUAUUAUUGGCUGUUCUGAAACUGUUAUUAUUUAUGUCUGAUUGAUAGUGGAACAUUUCAGACACAGACAACUUGUUCUAUUUGUUCACCAAUAUGAAGUUAACACUUUAUAAGCUGAUGCUGUUAUGAAGUUCUUUUAUUUGUAAAUGUAGCAGUUCAUAAUUUCCAUUCUUUGAAAAAUAAAAAUGGUUUAAAUUCCUGAUAGAUGAUAAGAGAGAGGUUUCUUUUGACUGGUAAUGUCAGGCAGAAGAGUUACAGUUCAAGGCAAUUUAUCUUAUUUGCAGAAUGAUAAAGGUUAAUUAAGAAAACAGAAACAUUCUCAGUUCACAAAUGUGUUUUAUUCAGGAUUCAACUAUAUGCCUUUCAUCUCAUUAUGCUUCAGUUUUAUAUGUGAAUAAUAUGAAUAGAAAUUCUGUUCCACCAGACUUCACUGUCAUUCUUAUUUGCUGUUCCUACUUGCUAUAUUGUGUAUACUUGAGCUAGUUAUAAAGGUAUGGUGUAGUGAUUGUAUCAAGUAUGUGAAUGUUGUUAAGUUUUUCUAAGAUUGUAAUAUUCUGUUUUUAUAAAUAUUUUAUUCUAUAUUUAUCUGUUACAUAAUUAUUAGUCAAUUAAUUUUAAAUAAGUGGUAAACUCACAAGCAAUACUUAAAAUUGUGAACUUCGUUGUUACAAUGAGUCUUGAUAAUUUACAAUAAACAUUUUAUUGUUAGGUGGUCUAAAUUUGUUGUUUUUACAGCAUUUUGCAGUGUUAUGGCUCCCUUCAUAGACCAUGAAGUGGUCUCCCAAUCAAAAAUGUGUGUAAUAAGUAGCAAAUAAUUAAGACAUUUUAAAUUAAGGUGGUGACUACAGAGAGAGAGAGUAAAAUGCUUGGUGGUGACAAAGAACUGAAUUUAGUACGGAGUGCCCCACUUAAUAUGAAAUCCACAAUAACAGCAUGCCACACAAAAAAGUGAGUGAACGACUGGGAAGUGAUCUGGAUUUCUGAGUUUCUGGACUUUGUCCAUCAUCUGAUAUUCUAAAAAUACACAACUUCUAUCAUUGGACCAGUAAGGUUAGCUCCAACAGACUGAACAGAGCAGAUGGCCCCCUUUCCUACACUUGAGGGUGAGGGUAGAUUUUUGUAUCAGAUAAUGGACAAAAAAGCAAAACCGCUAUUGCAUAUAUGUAUUUAUAAUAGCUGAAAAUCUUUUGGUUGAGGUCACUGAGACAGGAGAGACUCUUUUAGUGCUAGCUUAAUCUUAAUUAUAUUGUGAUUCAGGCCUUUUUAGUGGGGGGAAGAUUACUAAAUAGCUUAUUUGACUAUAAUAAACUCCUUUUUUUAUAUUUACAGAGGUUAGUGUUUGCCACAUGAAGGUUAUAUCUGCAUCUUGUACUUAAAUUGGAAAGCAUGAAGGGAAAAUACAUGGCAGCAUACUAUUCAAGAAAAUUUGAAAGAAGCAUGGUAUAAGUUUCUUAUUCUUACGAACAAUAAUAAUAAUUUACAAGAAAUUUGCCACGCUUAUCGCCGCAUUGCUUUCAAUCAUCUAUGGUGUUCACAAGAUCGAAAUUAAACGGUACUGUUAUGUGUCACGUCUUAUGAGACUGUCUCUAAGAGCUAUCAUACGUCCAUCUGUGGAAUCUGUAAUCUUUCGCCAGUUGCACCUCUGGUGGAACACUUCGUAAUGAACGAAGUGAAAGUAUUAAAGUACAAAAUGUGAGUUUUCGUGAUAAAGAUUGACAGAUACAGAUCUGCAUGGGGCUGGAGUGUGCUGAAUAUUUGGAAAAUUAAUGCAGCUGUGCAUGGACAGAUGAAGUGCCAUGCGUUGCCGAUGCCUGUCCGCAUGGAGCAGGAUUACACAGCAUGUUCCACGACAGCCAUGUCUCCACAUACAUUCCCACCUCUGCAAGGUGGUGAUAGUGCUGGCUGUUCUAAUUGCCUUGCAAUUCCUCCUUACUACUAUUUUUGAAGCACGACAAAUUGAACCACUCUUCACAGUGAAUUUUACAUAUUCUGGAAGACGUAGUCGUUGGGGUCUAAUCUCCCAUUCACGUGGCCUGUUGUCUCCAUCUCACAACUCAUCAUUUAAUGGAAGCAUGCGUGUUUCAGUGGAGAGAACUCUGUCUCCAGUUGAGAACAUUUCUGGUGAAACUAAGAACUUGUCUUUCCUCCACACACAUGAGAAUGCAGUUCGGAAUGCCUCUAGUCUUGUACUCAACAUUUCGUUACCAUCAGAUUUAAACCCAACAACAUCACCCAGUUUGACCGUCCCUUUUACAGGGAAAUCCCUCUGCCCACCAAUCCCUCCAAAUCUAAAUGGACCAAUCAAAGUAUUGAAAGAUUCUCCAUCACUUGAGGAGUUGGAAAAAAUGUUCCCUCUUUUGGAACCAGGAGGUCAUUAUCAUCCAGAAGAAUGUCAAGCACGGGACAGAGUAGCUAUAAUAGUACCCUACCGUGAUCGAGCUGAGCAUCUUAGCACGUUUCUUUUAAACUUGCACCCUCUCCUUCAGCGUCAGCAACUGGAUUAUGGGAUGUUUGUAAUAGAACAAGGAGGUGAUGGCCCAUUCAACAGAGCCAUGCUCAUGAAUGUGGGGUUUGUUGAAGCACUGAAGUUGUACAGCUAUGAUUGUUUUAUCUUUCAUGAUGUGGAUCUUCUUCCUGAAGAUGAUCGAAACCUAUACACUUGUCCAGAGCAGCCAAGGCAUAUGUCAGUAGCUGUGGAUGUGCUCAAAUACAAACUUCCAUAUCAAGCUAUUUUUGGUGGUGUGUCAGCCAUGACAAAAACUCAGUUCCAAAAAGUGAAUGGGUUCAGCAAUUUGUUCUGGGGUUGGGGUGGUGAGGAUGAUGACAUGUCCAACAGGGUAAGGCACCAUGGCUACCACAUCUCCCGUUACCCUGCGAACAUUGCUCGCUACAAGAUGCUUGCCCAUCGUAAACAGCACGCGAACCCUAAGCGGUAUGAGUUCCUCAAUACAGGAAGAAAGAGAUUCAAGACAGAUGGCCUUAGCAACUUACAGUAUGACAGGAAGGAGCUGAAUCUAGGUAAACUCUACACUAGAGUUCUUGUUGAACUUGCCACUCCCAGCUGAUGGAGUGCUUUAGCCAGAUUCUGGCAUGGUAAGUGAGCAUGGUAUUAAUGGAAUGUGCUUGCCUGUUUGAGCCACAGAAAUUAUGUGAUAAUGAAGUUUAAGGUUGAAGUUUGAGGUGAUGGUGUGUUAUAAUAAGUAAAACUGCGUUUUUAGACUUUAUCUAAAUAUAUAAUUGUAAAGUUAUCAUCCAGAAAUUGUAUUCUGUUUGUCUUCAGGCAAAAUGGGGGAAGAUGAUAGGAAACGUAUCUGUUGGGUCCACGGAUUAAGGAGGACCUAUACCUCCAAGUCUCAAACUAGCUCAACCAGAGGACCCAACAGAUUGGUUUUCUGUCAUCUCCCCCUCCCAGUUUCAUUAAGAGGGAAGCAGCGUUCAGCUUCCGAAACACUGCAGUUUUGUAAUCUUAUAUUUAGAUAAUAAACAAAGUCCAUAAACAAAAUUGAACUUAUUAUAAGUUAAAUAAAUUCACCAUUUUUCUCUCGGUAGCAUUUUUGAGUGGCAAGGAUAUUAUGUUCUGUAGGUUAUUAAUACUUGAUGCUACUGUAUGUCCCAGACUCUUUAAACAAUGAUUAUGAUGCACUAUGGGAAGUAGUCCUGCAGAGUUUUGAAACCUUACAGUUUAUACUGAUUGUGAUAAAGUUGAUUACACAUUACAGUGUUGGUGUAAGUGCAGUUAUAGCCAAAUGACACAUUUAUAAGUGUUAAACAAUAGUGUACACAUUUGGAAACUGACUAAAGUAUUAGUUCACUUUUUUGAGAGCUUGAUAUGUAGAAAUGUUAUCAAGUGUUGUAAAAGUGGGUGUUACAGUUUUAUUUAAUGCCAAUUAAAUUCUAGUCCUUAAAUUUGGAUUAAGAUAUGUGGUCUUUUUAUGCUUUCUCAGUGCAGUACUCUCACAGUCUGUAUGAUUUUUUUAUUAUUUUUGCUUAAGUGUGAAGAGUAUUGCACUCUGAAAUAAUGUAGUCACUUUAUAAAUAAAAAGUUCUGUUUCUGCUGUGUAAUAGCAGACUUGUAAUUUGACAAUGACAACAGCUGUGCUGUACAGUCUAGAAAUGAGUAUUCUUUUCUGUGUUCAUAUUUACUUUAUACUUUGAGAGUUGGUUUUACUCAGUAUUUUGGCAAAGUGUGGAUUUAUGUAACACAAAAUUGACUUCCAGUGAGGUUACAUGUUCAAUUCUAAACUAGUGAGACAGUUUUUUGUUUUUUGUUUUCUUUUUCUUUCUUUCUUUCUUAGGAUAUAUUUAUCUUAUUCUACAUCAAAUGUGAAAAGUUGGCUGUUUUUAAAAUGUCAAAAUGACUUGCUCUGAUUGUUUGCUCUUGAGUUCAAGAACAUCAUGAACAUGUUUUUGUCAUAGCUAUGGACCCAUAUGUCAAUUGCAGAAUCUUGUCUUGACUUCCUAUGACCAGAGACACAGCUGCAACACAUUGAGAGACUGUGGAAUGCAUGAAUACCAAGUUGAAUUGUUUUAGAGCAUUUGUGAUGUAUCUUGUGCUUUUGCACAAAUUAUACUCUAGUUACGGUGAAGGGGAUGAUUUUAAGUGGUUCUUUUUAAAUAAAAUAUGUGGUAUUAUAGUGUCUCCUUUACUAGGAAGUUGAAUACUGACAAGCUUCAGUUAAAAUUCAUUUAUAGACUGAUGUUAGAAUAUUCAGUAUUGUUCCCAUGCCUUGCAGUUGGUGGGACUGUCUUGUGAAUUCAAGUUGUGCACAUAUGGAAGGGGAUGAGCAAUCAUUAUACUGUGAAGAUUGCUUAUCCUUUUUCUUAACUACAUUUUAUUAGCGUAUUAGAAUUAGAUUGUAUUACAGUUGUUAUAGUUUUAUGUUACCCAAAUUUGAACUGCAGCUUCAUUCCAGCUAAUGGUGGUUUUCUCUUGAACAGUAGACUGAUUUGAUUUCAGAUUGUGGCCUUCUGGGUUGAUAUGGUGUAAUCUUGAAAAUGGUUUUGGUGUUCUGGAGGAAUACGCUGCCUCCGCCUUCAGAGCAGUUAAUAUCAUGUCUACUCAGAUGAUAGUGGCAGUAUGCUGCUACACAGGAUUGAUAAUAACCGUUAGACUACAUGGUGUCACAGUCCAGAAGACCAUAAUCUGAACUCUUUCAGCCAUGAAUAUCCCAAAUCUUUCACAAGCGAUCUCUCAUGAAUGACAGUGCUUCUUGCCCCAUUGUAAGAUAAGACUCAUGUAUGUUAGAACAGCAUCUCAUAUAAUCUUUGUAGGCAUCUGUUGGCAGUUACGGGUUAUGAUCAUACAUUUAAAAAUGCAGAAUUAUCAUUUAAUGAUGCAAAUUGUGGCAAGGAACUUGUUGCAGAAAAGUGUAUCAUAUUACUUUAAUUUGUUUUCAGACAUCAGAAUUUCUUAUACUGUCCCAGAUUAUCAGCCAUUUGUAUCUACAUUUAAUGUUUAUCACUUUAAGGAUAUCCUUCCUUUACUUGGUAUUUUGUUAAUAUGUGCCCAGCUCGCUUAUUUUUGUAAAUAAAGAUUCUUCAUUUAAGGUUUUACUUUGUGUUUGUUUUGUUCCUGAUACUGACAUGAAGUGGGAACUUACCUGUGUGUGGAACAGAAUAAAAUACAAUAUUCAUGGAUACAGAUUUGUUAAAACUCCUGAUCUAUAUGAUAAUUUCUAACAGAGGCUUCCAUCAAAAAACGAUUUUUCCAUUUAUGUAUGUCUUUAUGUCAUCAUUUGUUUGGAAUAGAAAUAUGUCCCCUUUGUAGAUGACUGUCCAAUGGAUCUUGUUUUGAGCUUGCACAUGCAUCAUAGGUUGUAAUUUGUUUUUCCUGGUCUUAUGCCUGUUUUUUAAUAUUGGUUUGUGAGGUAUAUGAGGAAGUGGGAUUUUUUAACUAACAAAGUGUCUGUAACCUUCUCAAAAAGAACUCUGAUGCAUGGAUUUAGUCAGUAUUUUUGUGAGCAAUACAUUUUAAAGUGUACAUGUAUCAGUGGUAUGUCUUUCAACUGUAGUAACAUGAAUCAUGAUUCCAGAGCAUCAGUGGUGUUUGUUGUUAUGUGAUUAAACUCUGAAAGACAUACCAGUCUUGAUUAUGAAUAAAAUGGAGUCCCCAUAUAAGAUUCCUUAAUUUCUUUAGGAUCCUUCCUAAUUUAGUAUUAUAUAUCUAUGGUGUCAGCCUAAUUCUGUGUGUUGCAUUUCCUAAGAUCAUUGCCAACUAAAAAAACUUUAAAAUUUAAAUUUCUCUGUGAACUAAAGUUACUGUAUUUUUAUAGUACUAGAACUUAAGGUAUAAAUCAUUAACAUGAUGUUUAAUAUUGUAUAACUGAGGUUAGUAUGUUUGAUUUAUUUUUUUAGAAAAAAUUUCACACAUUAAAUUUGAUUUAUAAAUGCUGUAUGUUUACAGUAUUCCUUCCAAGAUAUUUUAUUUUCUUGUUAAAAAUAUUAAAAACCUAUUGAAUUUGUUACAGGAAAUAUUUGCUUCAUCUGAAUUCCAGAAGCAUUGUACAAGAAUAUAUAACUGAAUUAAUAGAUUCCUGCAUUUGUACCUUGCUUUUCAGAAGCGAAUUUGUUGAUAUUACUUACUUUGAUAUUACACUUUACUUUAAUGUCAUGGAACUGACUUAUUUAGAAAGAAAUCUGAUGUCUGAAGAAUGAAGAAUGAAAUAAUUUCAGAAUUGUAUUUCACAGAAUGUAAAAACAUAUGUAAUAACUUAAUCCAUUGGCAUACAUUGUUUAUUGUGGGAUGUCCCUGGUUUGGGUGAUGUACAGGUUGAAAUUACAUCUGAUGAGAAACUGGAGUAGUAUUAAUAUUUGAGAGCAUAUAUAGUAGACAUUUUUUUAUUAUUCAGAGACUUAUUUUCAAAUAUGAAUUAAUUUUGUGUAGAUGAAAUGAAAUAUUAUGCCAUGGGGUUAGGGUAUCACAUUUGUAUUGCAUUCCAACAUUUUAGUGGCUAAGUGAUCUAACUCAGUGUAUAUGUCAGUAAUACUACAGUGUCAGUAAGUUGGUAUGUUACUAUCAUUUGCAAAUUGAGUGUUUAUAAACUUUUUCAUCAGCAGGGCAAGAGCAUUCAAAAUUGAAUGAAGUUGCAUUUUGCUAUAAUCAUUCUUUUAAAUAUCCCUGUUUUUCUUACCACUGGUAGUUGUGAGACCAACAUACAGGAGUGUGGGUAUUAGAAUUGUGGAAUAUUUAUGUCAUAAAAUGUUUUGGUUCAUUCAGUAAAGUUUGUGUGUGUGUGUGUUGAGGGGGUCCCCCUCCUCUCUUCCACCCUAACAGACACACAUUUUAAGGAUGUGUUGCAUCAUAAUUGUUAUCUCAGAUUGUUUGUUUACUUCAAAACUGAAUGAUUGUAGUAUGCACCUUAAAGUAUUUCUUUUGUUUGUUGAUAGGAACUGAUGUGUAUGUUAAUUUUCUUAAAUAUUUAUAUUUUUUAUUUUUUUCCCCCCCUCUGUGUGUUUGAAUGCAAGUAUGUCUUAUGCAAAAGCACAACUUUCGUUGUGGAUGAGCAUUUGUGGUAUUAAAAAAUGUUAUUGAAAAAGACACUAAAAAUGUAUGCAGAAAUUAUCAUACAUGUAUGGUGAUUUGAUAAAAUAUACGAUGUGGAAGGCAAAGACCAGAAUUUGAUGGAAUCAGGAUCCAGCUUAAACUCUGUGACAUGGAGAGGUUCCUGAAUUCAUGUUUUCACAAUUUGAUUUCUUAAAUGCUUGAAAUGAAUUAGUGUAAUUCCUUCUGUUGUAAUAUGUUAUGUAUUUGUGAUUAGAUCUCUUACUCUACUCUGUGAUGGUUGUGAAAGAUUGAUUUAUAUUUAAGAAAUUAAAAGGCAUGAAAUAAUAUGUUACCAGUGUCUUUAGUUGGUAAUACUCAAUAUUAAUGAGAGGGAACUGUGAUUUUCAAAAUGAGGUGGUAUGUAAGAAUGUGAACACAAUAUAAGAUUUACAGACAUCAUCA